UAAUUUGUCGUUUAAAUCAGCGGCAGAAACUAAACCGAUAGGAGCUCAUCUAAAGCGAGAUCAUCACCAGCCGCCGGGGAUGGCCGAUCGCUUCUUCCCCAACAGUCUGCCGGAGUUUGUGGUAGAGGAAGAAGGCGCAAUCACCGGAUCUACUCUUCUCGACCUUCUCCACCUCCCAUACCCCAAAUUGGCCGACAAGUUGCUUAAUUCCGCCCUCCAUCUCAAGAAAAAGGUGGUGGAGGAGACAUGGCUGCGAAGUGGGCGCGGCGCACGGGACUAUACUCUCUACACCGGUGCACUAGGGACAGCUUUUCUGUUGUUCAAGGCUUACCAUGUGACCAAAAAUCGGGCCGACCUCGAUCUCUGCGCUGAGAUCGUCAUCGCGUGUCAUCAAGCAUCUCAGGGUUCACCGUUAGUGACGUUCAUAUGUGGAAAGGCCGGCGUCUGUGCUCUUGGCGCUGUGGUGGCAAAGGAAGCUGGAGACGAGGGCUUGCUCAAUCUCUAUUUGAGCUCGUUUAGAGAGAUUAAAUUUCCUCACGAUGUCCCCAAUGAGCUUUUAUAUGGAAGAGCGGGCUACUUGUGGUCGUGUUCUUUCUUAAAUAAACACAUCGGCGAGGGAACAAUUCCCUCAACUCAUAUGAGAUCAAUAGCUAAGGACAUGAUUAUGGAUGGAAAAAGAUUAGCCAGCAAGAGCAACUGCCCAUUGAUGUAUGAGUGGAACGGUGAGAGGUACUGGGGGGCGGCCCAUGGCCUUGUUGGGAUCAUGCAUGCUUUGAUGGAUGUUAAUCUCAAUGAAGAUGACCUGCAAUAUGUUAAGGGCACCCUUAACUACAUGAUUAACAACCGGUUCAUCAGCGGGAACUACCCAUCAACCGAGGGAUUCAAUGCAGAUUGUCUUGUGCAUUGGUGCCAUGGUGCACCUGGUGUUGCUCUCACCCUCACCAAAGCUGCUCAGGUACUCCAGGAUCAUAAGUUUCUUCAAGCAGCAGAAGAAGCUGCUGAUGUGGUGUGGGAACGAGGCUUGCUGAAGAGAGUGGGAAUUUGCCAUGGCAUGAGUGGAAAUGUGUAUGUUUUCCUAUCGCUUUACAGACUAACUGGCAAUAUGAAGUACUUGGGUCGUGCAAAGGCAUUUGUUUGUUUUCUGCUGGAUUUGGCUGAUAAUUUGAUCGCAGAAGGGAUGAUGCACGGUGGUGAUCAUCCUUAUUCACUUUUUGAAGGACAAGCCGGAAUGGCUUACCUCUUCUUGGACAUGAUUAAUCUUUCCGAGGCAAGGUUUCCUGCAUAUGAACUUUGAGUUCUUUUUCAUACAUAAGCAUAAGGAUCAAGGCUCAUUAGGUUAAUCUGUGUUUGUACGUGAAAUUUUGUAGUUUCAGUUAGAUCCAACUUGUUUUUCUGUUGUGGAUGUUUCCAGUAUGUGGACUGAGUUCCUGUUCAUGCUUGGGGUUCGUUUGGUCGGUCUUCCCCAUGAGAAGUUUAAUUAAUGGUGAUUGAAUCGAAUUUAUCUGAAAAUUUAGAACUUUUAUAGGUU